UGGUGUCCCGCGGCGCGCGCACAGCUCCGGGUGCAGCCGCCUCAGCCGCAGCAGCGCCGGGAGCCGCUCGCCCUCCUUCCUCCUCCUCCUUCCUCCUUCCUCCUCCUCCCAUCGCCGCCCUUCCUCACCCUCCUCCUCCUCCUCCUCCUCCUCCCGCAGCCUCCUCGCCCCUUCCCCCGGCCCCGCGAAGAUGGUGGACCGCGAGCAGCUGGUGCAGAAGGCCCGGCUGGCCGAGCAAGCCGAGCGCUACGACGACAUGGCGGCCGCCAUGAAGAACGUGACGGAGCUGAACGAGCCUCUGUCUAACGAAGAGAGGAACCUGUUGUCAGUUGCCUACAAAAACGUGGUGGGGGCACGGCGCUCCUCUUGGCGGGUCAUUAGCAGCAUUGAGCAGAAGACCUCUGCUGAUGGGAACGAGAAGAAGAUAGAAAUGGUCCGUGCCUACCGUGAGAAGAUCGAGAAGGAGUUGGAAGCGGUGUGCCAGGAUGUGCUGAGCCUGCUGGACAACUACCUGAUCAAGAACUGCAGCGAGACGCAGUAUGAGAGCAAAGUCUUCUACCUGAAGAUGAAAGGGGACUAUUACCGCUACCUGGCCGAGGUGGCCACCGGUGAGAAGAGAGCGACCGUGGUGGAGUCUUCAGAGAAAGCCUAUAGCGAAGCCCACGAGAUCAGCAAGGAGCACAUGCAACCCACCCACCCCAUCCGGCUGGGGCUGGCGCUUAACUACUCGGUUUUCUACUACGAGAUCCAGAACGCCCCGGAGCAGGCCUGCCACCUGGCCAAGACCGCCUUCGACGACGCCAUCGCCGAGCUGGACACCCUCAACGAGGACUCCUACAAGGACUCAACCCUCAUCAUGCAGCUCCUCCGUGACAACCUAACGCUCUGGACGAGCGAUCAGCAAGACGACGACGGCGGAGAAGGCAACAACUAAGACCCCCCCCCGAUGGACUGGCAGCCGCACGCUGAUGCUAACUACUGCAGUCUUUAUUUUUUUCCCACCAGUUGGGGGAGGGGGGGGUGCCGGGGGUGGGGGAGGGGGAAGGGGAGGGGUCACCUUCCCAGGGGAGGAGGCCCCCCACAACCUGUCUUUGAUUGCCUCGUUGACAUUUUUGCCAAAACACCAGUAGUGGAAGUCAGGCUGGCUGUGCUGGUUAUGGAAUAGCAGCCUCACUGGCAUAUGGACUGUUCUGUAGAUUAUUCAUACAAGUGGAGCUGUCUUUAAUUUAACUUUAUCGCUAGAAAGGAGAAAAAAAGAAGGGGUGGAAGACGAUUUUUUUUUUGCCUGGAUGGAAUGGCCCUCGUUUUUAAGGAAAGCAAGACAAAAAAAAAAAAAAAAAAGGAGGAAAGCUUAAAAAAAAAACAAAACAAAAAAAAAAAAGGGAGUUCUGUGGUUCCAGUAAGGCUUCGUGUGUUUGUUUCUUCAGUCCAAGUGCCCUGUGUCCCCACCGCACCGCGGGGCGUCUCUGCAGCGGCUGCAGUCCCCAAAUUGAGAAGGAAUUAAAAAAAAAACCCAAACAAACAAACAAAAAAACCCCCAACAAUCUAAAGAAUUUGGGGCUUGCAAAGCCCCGGGAUUUAGGCCAUCCAGUCUCUUUUUUUUUUGUAUUCAUUUUGGUUGAAGAUAUUUAUGAGGGUAGCUUACAGUAUUAACACUAAAUUGCAGUUUACAGUAUUUCUACGUUACAGCCAUAUGACAUCAAGCCUUGGAUUGUCUGUUGUUGGGUUGGGUUUUUUUGUUGGGUUGUUGUUGGUUUUUUUUCUUUUUUGCUGGUUUUUCUGGCUUGCCUUUCUGAUCAGUCCUUGCCUGUGGACUGGCUUUAGCUAUUCUGUGUCACCCAAGGCAAGAAGACCACCCACCAGCCCCAGGAACAUCAAAAAGCUGCUCUAGUUUUUUGGUCAACAGCUUAACAGGUGCUUGGCAAGCGGCUGUUUCAACUAUUUUAAGUCCACAGCAAAAGGUUUAAGAACUUAAUUAGACAAGGGGGAAGUGUUUCAACUUAAAAUGCCACUUAAAUAAAAAAAAAAAAAGAAGAAGAAUAAAAAUGUAAAAAAGAGCAUUCAGGUCUGUAUGUCAUGUACUGUGUUUGGUAUUUCCAAAAGACCAUCCUGAUUUUAAGGUGCCACAGCUGCUUCCUCAGGGAUUGCACUGCCAUUUCACUCUGCCUGACUUUCUCCCACUGUACCAUGAGGUUUGUCAGCAGAUCCCUGGCACCCAGGCUCCCUUGUUUGUCACCAGGGAAGCCAGGUGCCUUUUCCUUUCUCCUGGGGAAGCUUGUGGUGUAAUGAGUGAACUUCAGGAGCUUAGAAACUUAAUUUGGUAGAGAAAUCCUCCAGGGAAGAGCUACAAUCAUAGACAUUUUGAUCAACCAUCGGGGGCCCAGGAGCUUAGUUCUCUUCUUAGCAAAAUCUUUUGAGCCUGGCUGAUCUGGCUGGGGGUGGGAGACGGGGCAUCUGAGUUACUUCCCAGGUGAUACUGACCCCGUUUUGAGUGAAUUUCUUACUUUCGAGUGUUGAUUUCCACGCUGUGGUUUGGAAGUUCACUGCUGUUCUCUGGCUGGCAGAGUGUUGUGCCGCCCACCCAGGGAAACCCCGCGUUCCUGCUUUUUUUUCCUCUUGAUUUUGGUUAGGACACAGGCUUUCCCUGUCCCUUUCGGGAGUCGCCACGUCCUGCUCCUGUUGCUGCUGUUGCUGCACACCCGGCACGGCCGCUCCAGCCCGGCUCCCCGCAGCCGGGCACGUCUGUGCCCUGAUCCUCGGGGAGUCGGUGGAGCUGAGGGCGGUGUUUGGCCUCCAGGUGUCAUCACCCCGGUGAUGCUGGCAAAGCUGGAUGUUGUGCCCGGGAUGCCUUGGCAUGCAGAGUCCUUCCCUGGUGAGUGUUGGGUGGCCCAACAGCCACAGCCAGACACGCUGCCGGGACGUGCCAUGGACUGGAAGAUCCCUUUAGGCUUCUUACCCUUGCCUCACCCUCCUGUCCCAUGAGCAGUCUUGUCCCAGCUGUAUCAUUUGGAAGUGAUUUACUGGAAUUACAAAACCUAUCUCCUUUAUUUCUUUUCUCUUUCUUUUUCUUUUCUCUUUCUCAGCUUUUGCUCUGGCUGCUUUAGGAAACUUCUGCAGGAGAGAUGGCACAAGAGGGCUAAAAACAGAGUGAGGGUCAGGGACUUGGAUUUUUAAGCAGCUUGAAUGGUUUCUUUGGUUUUUUAAGAGAUGCACUUGCCUAUGAUACUGUCUCUCCAGUGAAAUGAUUACUGCUCCAUUACUCUAUUGAUACAAUAUUGUGCAUGCUAGUGUCGUAUUUCUAUACAGUAGCUUGAAAUUUAUUAACUUAUACUGUAGAUGUUACGUAUUCCUAUGACAAAAUAGUCUUCAAAAGAUUUUUUUUAAAGGUUUUUAAUUUAUUUUUUCCUUUUUUUUUCCCUUUUCAUUUCUUUUCCUUUCUGGGAGGGGGGGGGAGGGGGGGAAGGGGAGUUAAAGUUUUGCUCUACCAAAUAGUGAUCGUAACAAACUGAUCUGUUAAUGGAUGUUGCUAUAGUGACAUGCAAUUCUAUAUGAUGAUUUCUUUUUUUUUUUUUGGGGGGGGGGGUUAAAAAGGAAAAACAAUUAAAAAAAAAAAAGAAAAAAAAAAAAGAAAAAGAAAACACCAGUGUUAGCUUAAUCUUAAUGUCUGGUGUUCGUCAUGGUGAAAUUAUAACUAUUACAGUGUAGGAGAACAAUGACUGUGUUCUUUGAAUGAGCCUUUGUUUGUGCUUUUUGUCAUGUUAUAUGCAGUGAACUAUUUUUAAGGUCUGAUCAGUGAUUCUCUUCUUUUUCUUUUUUUUUUCUUCUUUUUCUUUUUUUUUUUCCCGAACUCUCCGUGUUUCUGUAAGGAAUUCUUUCACACACGGACCAUUCUUAGCAGGUUGUUUUGUUUUGGGUUUUGGUUUUUUUUUCCCCUCAGUGAUGGAAUAUCAUGAAUGUGAGUCAUUAUGUAGCCGUCGUACAUUGAGCAAAUAAACUUACAGAUCUGACGUCAA